AUGAACCAGAUGCAUGACUUUUCGCACGCCGUCUCGGCGAUGAAGUUCUCGAGGACAAAGAGGCACAACCCAUACGCCAGCAAGCUGCUUGCCCCAGAGGACUCCGUCGAGUUCAACAGCAUGCUCAACUCCCCACUUUCCUCCCGUCAGUCCCCCUUGAACUGGGAUGCCCGGGCCUUUGACCCGACGUUUAUGUACAGCAACGUCAGUACGCCGUACCUGACACAGUCUCUCGCUAGUCUGUCAAUGGACCUACAGGUGCGGCGGUCGCUCUUCGGCGACAGCCCGGCUGCUCUCACGGGCAAGUCCCCCUCGGACGCCUCCACGGAUCUUGGCGCCGGCCGCGCGCAGGUCGCCGUGGCGCCGGUGAUGCGAUCUUCGGUGACGGCACCACCGAAAAAGACGCUGGGGAAGGUGUACGUUGGUGGCCGCCCCGUUGUUGUGCCGCGGCACGACAACGAGGUGACGGUGCAACUGCGCCACAGCGAGGCCACCUUCGUCAUUCCCGACAUCUACAGUCUCAUGGCGUUGGAGGAGGAGACACGGGACGUGGUGGGGCUGCCGGUUAUCGUCGAGGGCGACCGAGGUGAGGACUUCGGCGUGAUUAGCGGCAUGGCCAAGAUGGAGGCUUCGACGGCAACAGCCGCGCCCUCACCCAAGACAGAGGAGGAAUCAGCGACGAAGGGGUCGCCAAGCUGCGCUGCGAAGUCGCUACUGAAGGUGUUGCGUGUCGCCUCCGCGCUCGAGGUGCAGAAUAGUGAGACACUGCCGCAACGUGAGGCGGAGGCACUCGAGUACUGCCAGGCCUGCCUGCAGGAGGUACAGCUGUCGGUGCCCAUCACCAUCGAGGGUGUCGUCUUCCAGUUUGACCGCAAGAAGCUCACUGUCCGCUACACAAGUGACGCCUACGUAGACUUUAAUGAUCUGACCCGCAUGCUGCAUAAGAAGUACAACUGCCGCAUCUGGAUGAACCAGCUGAACCGCGACACCGUCAACGGCGCCGAGAAGCGCGGCCGCCGCGGCGAGCACGGUGGGAAGAAGGGCAACCCGCACAACAGGGGAGCAGCGAAGCGCCGUGAGCAGCAGUGA